GAUAAAUUGUUGCCCGUUGCUACUGAUAAAUUGAUAAACGGACACAACUUCCUUUUCUGGUGAUCUCCACAUCAAUAUCCGAUGGAUUAACCUUGACAUCCAUGUCCUCAUGGAUUGGCAUAGUUACGCCAAUUUCCUGUUUGCGAUUAACUCAAGCAUUAUAGAAGCCAGGAGUACAUGUUACCUUUAUCAGGGAUUCUUAGAAUUGGUCUCUGUAUGAAGAGUGUUCAACAAGGGUGAUAAACCACUUGUUUGAACUUAGGCUAAAGAUAAGGUUUUAACCACAUGAACGGAAGAUAGUUCUAUCAUUCAUGGAAGAAUUAUUUGCGAAAUACAGAAAAGAAAAGUUCAUUCUUUCAAAUAUUUUGUCCCAUGAAUCUGGAUGUUACAGACAAAGAAAUACGAAAAGGAAAAUCUGUUGUGUUAAAUGCAUGGUCCAACAGCCCCGAUACACAACUCUAUGCAAUUCAAGACCAAUUUCAGAAAUGUGAUGAUUCGGAAAAUGAUUCUUUCACAAAGUGAUGACUUGUCACAGAGAACUUUUAGAUAAGAAACCGGUUCAUAGGCUCAGAGUUAACUCCGACGCUGUCUCGAUGCAAAUCCACUACUGGCGACUCUCUUGGACGGCACCUUUAAGCAAUGCCAGACGAUGCGAAAAAGAGGGAGAAAGAAAGUCACUCUGGACGACUGGACAUCAUGGUGGAGUGGUUUCAAAUGUGAUACAUGUGACACGAGGAUAUUAAAAAGGAUAUUAUUAAUACACGGGUGUCGGAACAUUUCAAGCUUAAUGCAAACUUGAGGAAAACUUCCGUUCCAUUGAAACAACAGAAAAACAGUGACAGAAACUACAAGAAGAAAAACUAUGACUCAGUCGCAAUGAAUAAAGUUGAAGGAAUGAACUUCAGAACUAAAAGAAUGUAGAAAACAAUGAGAAGUUGACAACUUCCCACCAAGUCAGGUACCUGUUGCCCGAAAUCCUAGGACUACGAAGAAAUUUGUGAAAUAAAUAAGGAACCAAGUAUUAUUCAUUCUAAGAAUAUUCCUGGAAGAGAAAAAUAUAUUAAGAAAUCAAUAAAAACAGACCAAUAAAAAUCACGCCUCUCAUUCAUCGGCGUCACAGUUUGCAGAACUUUGGUGCCAUUGAGAACGCCAAGAUUCAAGGAGAAAUAACCAAUGCAAACUCCAGCAACAGAGACAACAAGAAUAUAAUGAAAACGAUAUAGCACCAGCUCAUUGCUAUUGGCAACUUUUUGAGCAACGUUGGACUGCAGAGAGAAUUCUGGAAAAGAGAAGAAGAGCAAAAUAAGACAGCUUAAGUGUGAGUGUGUGUAUAACAGAGACAAAGGAAGAAAGAGAAAAAGUGAGACAGAAGAAGGGAAAGAGAGAUAGAGAGGCAGAUAGAGUUUCACUGAUCUAAAGAAAGAAAGAAAGGGAUUAAAUACGAGCAAGCAAAUAGGUGUGAGAGGGAGUUAGAGAGUAAAAGGCACAAGUUUGUGAGUAGAUGCCCGUAGUGUUAGGGGACACCAAAUGCAUCCAGCUGCAGAUGAGAACGAACUUGUUCCAGAACCAGUCUCUCUAAUCUCACUCACGUAGCAACUGCUACCACGACUCAGGGAUUCCUAACGUUUUACUAACACAAAGUUGGUUCAUCGCAGUUGACUAUGCAAACGCAGUGAGGCCGUCUUGAUCUGAUCCGUACACAACGCUUUAACACACACACACCCAGCUCACUCUCUCACUCGCACAGUUUUGUAAGUUGACUUAAAUUUAAACACACACAAACACAUACAAUACGCAUGAAUAAAUACACAAAGAGUCACACUUGUCCAGCCGCAGAAUGUGUGAGAAUGUAGAUGUGGCUUAACUAAUAUACACGCACACACACACACACACGGUAAGAUAGGAAUUUACAUUUUUCAAACUUUGUCACUAUUUAUGCUUUAAGUACGGUUAAUAUUGAUAACAAUACUAACAUAAAUAAUAAUAAUAAAAUUAAAAAAUACUGAUAAUAACACCGCUUUCGUAGACUCUAUCAGAACAAACAAGACCGUUCUGAGAUGUAAAACAAUAAAAAUAGUACUGAUUAUAAUGUAGCUGAUAUUAAUACUGCUUAUCAAAAAGUUUAUCCUAGAAAGAAGUCCAGCUCAGAACACAAACAUUUAGUGAAAGAUAUACAAAGGAGACAGGCUGACACACUAGUUAAUUUCCUUAUUAUUAUACAAGCUUACUGCACUUUCAUUGUAUUUUAAGAUUACUGCUAAGUUUUGUUUAACAGAAAGAGACGGCUCGCAGCUAGCCCGACACACAGACAGACUGUCAAACGGAGUGACCGUCAAGCGGUUGCUGUAAGUCGAUCCUAAACACACACUCACACAGACGCACGCACAGGUAUAUGUACACAGGAGCUUAACUGCUCACCUUAACAUUCCUUUCUACUGCUCACCCCUUUUCUACUUUUUUCGUUUAUGCGUGUGUGCAUAAAGAUGGAUACGUAUCUUUAUGUGAGUGUUAUGUGUGUGUAACUCUUAUGCUCGCCCGCCUCCUCAUAUGACCAACAGCCAGCUUCGGUAUUCGGCUGAUACCUGAACACGGGAAGGGACUCUUUCCUUGUCCUCUGGCUUCACAAACUUUACAAGUAGAAACGUAAAAAAAAAAGGUAGGUGAGCGAACCAGUGAUACUAGAAGUGGGAAAACAAAACACAUAGUUUUUGACAUAAAAACUACAAAUAAAAAGCAAACUGGUCAAAGAAACGACCACUCAAACAAUUUUAAGCAGAUCAACAAACACGUGAGAAAAACAAAUAUUGAGAAAAAUAAUCGUUUAAAUUUAUCGAAAAGUUAAUAGUUGAAGCUUAAGUAAACUUGACCAACCAACGAGGUAUGCGAAAGAUGACUGAUUAUAUUUUCAUAGUAAAACGGGAAAAAAAAAACAAAUAUGCAUAUACAUAAUUACUUAGAAAUACAUCGAUAAGACUGUAUUGACAUAUAUACAUACACACACACACAGAUGAAAAUAUAUGCGUGUUUAAGUAGAUAAAGGAGGGAUGUUCUGUGUAGUUCGUGUAGUUUAUAUACCAACCUGUUUAAAGCAUUGCUUGCUAUCAUGACAGCGGGAUUACGAACUGUGAUAAUUGUAGUAUGAGGGAAGGGCUUUUUGUGGGGAAGAGAAAGAAGUAAUUAAUCCAAUAAAAUUUGAAAAUACACCGCACAGAAACAAAGCAGAAAUCCAGGGACUGUCAUAUUUAUGAAGAUGAACAAUUGUUGAAUUUUUCAAAUUUCCACAGAAAUUUCAGUUUUGAUCUUUAGUUAUUCUCUUCGUAUCUUGCUGGUGAAUAUUAACUCCAAAUUUAGAUCAGACAAUUAACAUAUUUGUUUAACAUCUUAUCUGUAACAUUUAACUCGUAAAAGUAAUAAUCUAUAUUCAUUCAGUUAUUUAUUUAUUUGUGUUUCAUCUUUCAUUAAAUGUUUGUAAUCCGCUCCUACAAACACUCAUACGUCGAAACUGACGAGGGUGACCAUUAUAAUCAUUAUCAAUACUACUACUACUACUAUUGUACGACUACUGAUAUUCAUUGAUAGUACUACUACUACUACUACUACUACCGCUAGGUUGUGCUCUGGUUUCCCGUUCGACUUUGUUUUGUUUUCUUGUUUAUUUACUCCUUCAUUGAAUGGUUUUAUUGAAAUAGGUCUCUUCCCAUCUGCGCUUCGCACCUAAUUCGGUUGUUAACGUCGUAACGGAUUGUAAACUGACUAAUAGGAUGUUGGCAACUGCUAUCGUCCCAGGUAGACUGUUGCAUUAGGUAAGCCACCUUUCCUCAUUCGGCUUACUAUUAUCUGCAGUUUUCAGGUGAAAAUAUAAAACGUUGACCGUUAAUCACAUCUCAACAAUGACCUUACGCCGUAGCUUCUACUCAGUCGACUCCAACCGAUCGGUCGUUUGUUUUAUUUCGUUUAUAAAAUAAUGUAAGUACAGUUUUGGCUUCGUUUUGAACAGAACUUUAAUAAUUACUUCGUUUAGAUCAGGUCUACAAACCUGUACGCAUAAACAAACAAAUACACACACACAUCAAUAUUUUCUCUCGUCCAUCAUUAUCAUUGUUCCGUUUAUUCACGCCCGCACACACUUUCUCUCUCUCUCUCUCUCUCUCUUAGUCAUUAGUAUAAACACACGCACACUUGUAUCUCAUAUUCACAUUAAAUACUAAAAUCUCCUCAUAUUCUACUCUAACAUUUGAAGUUGAUAAACACACACACACACACACACUAGCUGAACAUCUACACAAGACUGCUAUAUGGCUCUGUAUACAUAACGAACAAAAAUCACCGAGACGAAUGAACAUAAUUUAAGAGGCAGGCAAAUGACAGGCGAAGAGCAGGCGUUCAAUCUAGUCUUUAUCGUUAAUAUUUUCACAUACUUAUUAUAAUAAAGUUUGGACGUAAGUGUUUAUGAUUUUUUUGUAGGGGUUAAUACCUACAUAUUAUUGUAGAAAUCUAUUUAAUAAUAAAUUCUUCGUCUGAUAUCCACGUCCAUAAUUGAGCAAGAUAAUAAGUUAUCGUGAGUAACCUACGAGUGCACGAUUGGCAUCAUGUUUUAUGGCAGUUUUAUAUAAGAUAAAGCAUCUGAUGAUAGGAUUAGCAUUUGGGAUCAAUGACGACUGCUCCAGUAUGUGCGUACUCUGAACAAAUACUAAACAUUUAAAGUAACUAUAAAAUCAGUACCGGUACAUAUAUGCAAACAUACAUACAUUCCAUACAUACAUGUGUGUGCCGGUGUGUGUGCGUAUGAGGGUGAUUUUCCGGUUAGGUCUAACCACCUCCUUACAUGAAUGAAAACAAUGAAGCUGAGCAUCAAGAAAGCGUUUACAUGGGUUUUCUUUGCGAGUAUUUUGUUUCUAAUUAUUUUCAAUUUAUACAACCACAAACUUUGGGUGCACACCUACUCUGCUCACAGCGACGACGGGAGCGGUUAUAGCAGCAACAUUCCAAAACACCGGCCUGCUGACCACAAAAAUAUAUUGACAUAUCAAGGAGCGAUUCACGAGAAGCCUUCCUCUUUGUCAUCACUACUUGUCGGCUCCAUCAAAAAAAAAGGACAGCAUGUUCAGAAUAAAAUCUCCAAUAUACGUAACGUAAUAAAUGCCACUCGGCACUAUCGCAAUAAUUCAAUGACUUCUGAAUUCCUUGCAUUAUGGCCUGGGAAUGUAUGGGAUGUUGGUGACCGAAUCCAAGCUCAGCUGAAAUACAUACCACCAAACUAUAUUCCUGAUAAAUACCCUAGGAAGCAACCUGAGGAAAUUAAUGGUGGAAAUUUCAGGCUGAGAGAUGAAGCCGGUCAGAAAAAAGAGCCGGCGCAUGUUAUGAGGAAACUAAAGACAAUAUUAAUAUAUAACGGUUUUAGCGUCUUUCAACAAAAACAUGGCCAAGACACGUUUUUGGAUUAUAAGUGUCCGAUCAACACGUGCUACCUUACAGAUGACAGAACGAAAAGAAGCAGCGCUGACGCUAUACUUUUCUACCAUGGUGUCAGCGCUAUGAAUAUACCGCGACCAUUAAACCAGAUAUGGGUGCUGUACAUGCUAGAAUGCCCUUAUCACACUCCAGGACUUGCUGGCGUAAAGAAUCUUUUUAAUUGGACUGCUACAUACCGUCACGAUAGCACAAUCGUGGCACCGUAUGAAAAAUUCCAAUAUUUCAACGAGUCUGUAAAACAGAAAGGACAAGUGAAAAACUACGCGGCCACCAAAACAAAAAAAGUUGCAUGGUUUGUUUCGAACUGUGGCGCUCAGAACGAUAGGCGUACUUAUGCUGAAGAACUCGCUAAAUAUAUCCAGGUUGAUAUAUAUGGGGCUUGCGGGAGCUUUAAAUGCCCCAGAAAUAUUGCCAAAAAAUGUUUUGAAAUGCUUAAUAAGGACUAUAAAUUUUAUUUAGCGUUUGAAAAUUCUAACUGUCGGGAUUACAUAACGGAAAAAUUAUUCGUCAAUGGUCUACAGUAAGUAAAACCUUUUUUU